UUCAACUUAUGUGUAAAGGGUUACACGUGACUUUUAAAAGGUUUCACGUGACUUGGGAAUGCUAUAGAUAGAUAAAGCUGAUUGUAAAGGAUGGAAAAAUUGGCUAAGGCCACUUGGGAAAAUGAAAGAUCGUAUCAAGGGACAACCUUGUCGCAUUCGUCCGCUUUAUAUAUAAAAACAAUGGUGGAGAUGAACUCUUUAGUCAGAAAUCAACAAUCAUGGAUUUCAAAUGUUCUGUGUCCUUUUGUGUCGUUCUGUGCUUUGUAGUCGGCCACGGUGCUGAGAUGAACACGAUGUACAACGUCGACAUGCACGAGAUCCUGCGGAACCAGAGGCUUUACAAAAACUACUUCGACUGUCUCACAAACGAGAGGAAAUGCAGACACGACGGAAAACAACUCAAAGAGACGUAUUGCCAGACGAGUUGUUCACGAGUGCGCACAAUGCAGCGAAAAACAGAGAAAAGUCUCAGAGAGAGUAAACAAGUACCUCACUGAAAACAAGACAGAAAAGGAGGCCAAAGAGCUGCAAAAACUGUAAAUUAUUGUAUUUUUUGACGCAAAUAUCAGCAGAUUUUAAAUAUAUUUUAUCCUACACAAACAAAA